AUGGCCGGGGGGAGACCCGGGAAGGGCCGGGAGGAGCGCCGGGAGGAGCCCGGGAGGAGCCCCAGGAAUGGCCAGGAGGAACCCCGGGAAGGGCCGGGAGGAGCCCCGGAGGAGCCCGGGAAUGGCCGGGGGGAGACCCGGGAGGAACCCCGGGAAUGGGCGGGAGAGCCCCGGGAGGAGCCCCGGGAGGAGCCCCAGGAAUGGCCAGGAGGAGCCCCGGGAAUGGCCGGGGGGAGACCCGGGAGGAACCCCGGGAGGAGCCCCGGGAAUGGCCGGGAGGAGCCCCGGAGGGUUGCCGGGCGCAUCCCCGGGAGGAGCCCCGGAGGAGCCCCGGAGGGUUCCCGGGCGCAGCCCCGGAGGAGCUCCCGGAGGAGCCCCGGAGGAGCCCCGGAGGGUUGCCGGCGCAGCCCCGGAGGAGCCCCGGAGGGUUCCCGGGCGCAGCCCCGGAGGAGCUCCGGAGGAGCUCCCGGAGGGUUCCCGGGCGCAGCCCCGGAGGAGCUCCCGGAGGGAGCCCCGGAGGAGCUCCCGGAGGAGCUCCCGGAGGAGCCCCGGAGGAGCCCCGGAGGAAGCCCCGGAGGGUUCCCGGGCGCAGCCCCGGAGGAGCUCCCGGAGGAGCCCCGGAGGAGCCCCGGAGGAGCCCCGGAGAGUUGCCGGGCGCAGCCCCGGAGGAGCUCCCGGAGGAGCCCCGGAGGAGCUCCCGGAGGGUUCCCGGGCGCAGCCCCGGAGGAGCUCCCGGAGGAGCCCCGGAGGAGCCCCGGAGGGUUGCCGGGCGCAGCCCCGGAGGAGCUCCCGGAGGAGCCCCGGAGGAGCUCCCGGAGGGUUCCCGGGCGCAGCCCCGGAGGAGCUCCCGGAGGAGCCCCGGAGGAGCCCCGGAGGGUUGCCAGGCGCAGCCCCGGAGGAGCCCCGGAGGGUUCCCGGGCGCAGCCCCGGAGGAGCUCCCGGAGGAGCCCCGGAGGAGCCCCAGAGGGUUCCCGGGCGCAGCCCCGGAGGGUUCCCGGGCGCAGCCCCGCUCCCUCGCGCAGUUCCUCUCCCGUUCAUGGUCAUGGUCUCAUUCAUUCAUUCUUUUAUCCAUUUAUUUAUUUUAUUUCCCGGUUACACUUCUAA